AUGGAUCCAGAACUCUGCGUUAAUGGCUGUGGCUUCUUCGGCUCUUACGCGAAUCAUAACAUGUGCUCCAAGUGUUACAAGGAUCAUAUUUCCAAGAUCAAUCAAAACAUGAUAAUCAGUGAAUCAAUUAGAAACCUCACCAUAUCGUCUUCUUCUCCAUCUGCUUCUUCAUCUGAUGAACACAAGAAUGAUGAGUCCUCGUCGACCGGCAUGAACUUUGCGGCCGCCGUUUCUAAACCACCUGAUGAAUCUCAAGAGAAAAAGAGAUGCAAGAGUUGCAAUAAAAAGGUCGGGCUAACAGGAUUCAGGUGCCGAUGUGGAGACUUGUUUUGUGGGAAACAUAGAUAUCCACAAGAACAUUCAUGCGCUGCGGAUUAUAAGCGAAGGGGUCGUCGACUCAUCAGAAAACAAAACCCGCUUUGUAGUGCUGAUAAACUAUCAAAAGUUUAG